UUUUUGUUGCUGCGCCGCCGACCGACCGGCACGGACCGCGGACGACGGGCGACGGCGGUCGCAGUGUGCAACCAGCAGCGGCGUCGGUGCAUUCGCGCGCGCGUCGUCCACUCUCCGGCUUUUUCCGUUGCCGUCCGCGCGUUCAAAUCGCCGAGUCAUGUGAUUUCAACGGUCCGACCGACGACAGCAUCAUCAUCUGCCGGACGAUUGUUCGCCGCCAUCGCCGUGACGAUAAUAAUAUUAUAAUAUUAUUACGAUAAAAACGUUUCCGUGUCGGGAUCGAAAAUCGCCACUCUGUUGCGCGUCCUGGACCGCCGCGGCGCGCGCGUUUGCCGCGUAAAUCGCAACAAUAGUUUCGUCGUCGAAAUAAAUAAUAUUUCAACCGUUUAAAUUAUAAUAUCGAGACGCUGAGAGUCACGCCGCCGCCGUCUCGAUGAACGUCAAAAAGCAACAGAUGCAAUUGCAACUGCAACUGCAGCCGCCGCAACGGCGUCACGACCGCACCGGGUUCGAGGCCCUGUUGGACCAACCGAUGCCGGUGGCCGAGACGUCACCGCCCGGCGGCACGUUACCGUGGUCGACCGGCGUCACCGGUGACACGGCCGGCCGGUACAAUCACCAGCACCACCGCCAGGGCCCGCCCGCGGCCACCGGCGCCGGACCGCAGUCGGACGCACCUUCCGACCACAUCGGUUCGCCGACAGAAGCUGACGACGCCACUGCCGCCGUCACGGCCGCUCGUCCCGGCCGCCCGCAGGACCAAGCGGUUACUACCCCGCCACCGCCGUCACCGUUGCAACUGCCCAGCCCUUACUACGACCGGAAUCCCGUCAUCGGUUUCCCGGUGCAGCAUCAUCAUCACCACCAUCAUCACCAUCGCGUUCCCAAGUCUCCGACAAAUUCCACCGCGGCCGUACCGUUGGCCAACGUGCAAAACGUCGCGUACGCCACGACCGGCCAGGACCUGCAGGACCGUAGCGAUCACUAUGCCAACAGUUCAAAAUACUACUACCAGCGGCAUAACUAUAAAUCUGGAGAUUUUAUGGAAGGGCGGGAUGACGACAAGGAAAACAUCAAGCAACGGGACACCGCCGAGUGCUUACAACAGCAGUUGGAUGAAGUAUUGCAGGCGUGUGUGGACUACGAAGAGCGGAACAAAAGCAAACAGCAGCCUCAAUCCGAAAGUUCCGGGAACACGUCGCCAGGCACUGCGGCGCCAUCGACGACCACGCCACCGCAACAAAACCGUAUCAAAACAAAUGGUUCUCUCCCUCGAGAUGGCAAGAAAUCUGCCACAGACACGUCUUCGCCUACGUCUCCACUGUCGCCGAUGAUGUCGCCACUGUCACCGUCAUCAACGACCUGGCCGUCUGUUACUACACCGUCUUCUCCUGCUAUGUCACCGUUGUCACUGCGCACAGCUGGUGGAGACAGUGAUUCUGUAUUUUUAGACAACGAUAAUCAUCCACCGUCACCCGCAACAUGCGGAAGUCCAAGGACCAGAAUAAGAACGCUUGUUCCGUCUUGUACGACGGCCAUUGAAGAAUUACACUACAGCAGUAGCAAGAACCAACUCGAUCAGAGUCAGCACAACGGCCAAGUUGGCGCCGACGCCGGUUUCAAAACAUCGCCGACUACUGCAGAAAACUUCUCGUUGAAAUCGUCAGACCGGCCGCAGCAACAAAUGCAGCAACAGUCGUUGCAUUCGACAUUCCUCAAAUCGUCCCCACCGCCUUCGUGGCAAACGACAACGAUGUGGCUGCGUUCGUCACCGUUUGCGGCGGAUUCCAAAGACGGUAGCUCGACGAAAGCUCCGACAAUUUCGUUUGCCGCUGCCGACAAAUUGGCUGAGGCAGCCGAGCAACGUCGAAAGCUACUGGUCGAGUUGUCCGCACACAAGUCUCGGCUGGUAGAAAUGCACUUGCGUCGUGAAGAAGUCGAUCGGGAGUUAAUCAUUGAGACCGCGUUGUUGCGUGCUGAACUCGAUGUUGCCGACGAUGAAACUCGCCAGUCGGACAACAUCGUAGACGGUUUGGAUCGCGCCGUGGCUGAUUGCCGGCAAAAAAUGGACUCGUGUACUGUGAAACAGCAAGACCAGAGGAUGGCAGCUGAUUCGCAGUUAGCAGGACACCGGCAAACACUCCAAGGGUUACGGAAACGGUUAGAAUCGAUCGAAGACAACGACGUGCUGAGAACUGAAAUACGUGCAUCCAUUGAUAAACAGACGGAACUAUUGGAUGCCGAACAAAAGUUAUAUGAAGAUGUAGAAUUUGGAUUGCUGGAAGAAGAGGCCGGAUGGCUGGCUCGUAGGGAGGAGUUGCACAGGGACCGUGCCGCUGCCGUGGCGGUCAGGCGUGCUCGGCGGGCUCGUGCCGAAUGGUUACGUGCGCAGCUCGAUCAGCUCCGAAGCGUGGGCGAUGACCAGUUACGAGCACUGCGGGCUGAUAUAAAUACAGUGACACUGUCUAUCCAGCAGGGUCACAAGAAACUGCAAGAGCUGGACGCCGCCGCAGCCAGCACGACGGCCGCAACAGACAUCAUGUCAGAUCAAUACCGCAGUCCUCAUCAGUUUCACAAAGAAAUGCAUUCCAUGCAGUCAGCGGCAGAACAUAAUCAACCUCCCAAGUCUUUGGAAUGGUCGUGGGACCAGCACAUGAAAUCUCCCUUGUCACCGAGACCACCGUCGUCGUUGUCGUGGGAUAUGCAGCCGUCGAGGUCACCGUGGUUUUCGACAUCCGCUCCCGUGACGGAAGACACGACAGCAAACAACAUCAACAGCUUGAUGACUGGUAGCAUGACGACAACAUGCUGUAGCAGUAUAGGCAGCAGUGGUGCCGAGGACGAUGGCUGUGCUCGACCGGUAUCGGAUGAUUCUAUUUCACGAAUGUCGAUGUCGACUAUCUUCGACGGAGGGGCCACUAUCAAACUCCGACCAAAGAACAAAACAUCUCCGUCGGACAUCACAAAAAGACCGUUGACUAGAUAUCUGCCGAUCCGGUACGACGACGAAGGUUCAGCCAAUAAUCAGACGGCGUUCGACUUGCGCGCACACAUCGAGUCGGCGGGACACCAACUGGACGACGACAACGGCGCGAGCGUCGACCGGCACUUCUGGAUCGACAGCACGUCGUGCCGCGGCUAUUUGAAAAAGCUUUCCGGUUCCGGUAGCAAUAAUAACGCUCGCCGAAGCGGACGUAAGUGGCUGAAGAGAUGGUUCGUGUUCGACAGGCAAUCGAGGACCCUGUCCUAUUACCGACACCGAUCCGACGAUCGGUCGGACGCCGCCAAUCAGCGAACGGGCGCCGCCGCGGCCGACAAGAAAAUCACGCCGCGGGUGUCGAUUCGUUUUCAAGACAUUCAGGAAGUGUACGUCGACCAUACGAACAGCAUCAAGGGACAGGGUUGCGCGUUCGUGGUAAAGACGGCCCAGCGGACGUUUUACUUGUCUGCAGCUACCGGUCAGGCUGUCCGAGUAUGGGUGGACGUCAUAUUCACAGGCGCCGAAGGGUACCGGGAGUACCGAAAAGAUUCGACCGUUGACGGUGGUCGAUGAGUUCAGCAAACGAAAUCCUAACUUGUCCCUUGUCUGAGGACCAAUUAUUAUAUUUAUUUUUAUUAUUUUUAUAUACGAAGUCGUCUAAUACGGCGUCCAUGUUUAUUUUUUUUUUUUGCCAAAUAUAUCGUAGUUUUAUCCAUUGUACCUACCAUUAUACCUACAUUUUAAUGAUUGACGUAACUGUAAAAUGCGGUUGAUAGUAUUAAUAUAUUUUUUUUUAAUUGUUAUUGACUUUGAAGCAGCUAUCAAGUUGCGAACAAUUUAAUCUAUAGACUGGUUAUAUAAUAAAUAUCAUGUACACCUAGCUAAAAAUGUAUAUAUUAUAUAUUUAUAUGGAUUAAAACUAUUUACUUAAA